AUGUCAGUGGAGAGUGCGGGGCAGGGGCCGUGGCCCGGGCCGGAGCAGGGGCCGGGGCCGGGGCCGGGGCCGGGGUCCGAGCCGGGGUCCGAGCCGGGGUCGCUCUGCCCCGAACACGGCCAGGCUCUGAGGUGGUUCUGCUGCUCUGAACGACGGCCCGUGUGCGCCGCCUGCGCGGGACUGGGCGGCCGCUGCCGGGGGCACCGCAUCCGCCGGGCCGAGGAGCGCGCGGAAGAGCUGCGGAACAAGAUUGUGGACCAGUGUGAGAGGCUGCAGUUACAGAGUGCUACCAUCACCAAGUAUGUGGCUGACAUCCUGCCAGGGAAGAACCGGAGAGCAGUGAGCACAGCCAGUGCAGCACGGGAACUGGUCAUCCAGCGGCUGGGUCUGGUGAGGAGUCUGUGUGAGAGCGAGGAGCAGAGGCUGCUGGAACAGGUGCACGGUGAAGAGGAGCGGGCCCAUCAGAGUAUACUGACACAGCGAGUACACUGGGCCGAGGCACUGCAGAAGCUCGACACCAUCCGCACCAGCCUGGUGGACAUGCUCACCCAUCUGGAUGACCUCCAGCUGAUUCAGAAGGAGCAGGAGAUUUUUGAAAGGACGGAGGAAGCAGAGGGCAUUUUGGAUCCCAAGGAGUCGGAAAAGUUAAACUUUAAUGAGAAGUGCACUCGCAGCCCACUACUGACCCAGCUCUGGGCGACAGCCGUUCUCGGGUCCCUCUCAGGCACGGAGGACGUGCGUAUCAACGAGAGGACUGUCAGCCCCUUCCUGCAAUUGUCAGAUGAUCAAAGGACCCUGACCUUCAACGCCAAGAAGUCCAAGACCUGUGCAGAUGGCCCGGAGCGCUUUGACCACUGGCCCAAUGCCCUGGCCACCACUUCCUUCCAGGCUGGGCUGCAUGCCUGGACGGUGAACGUCGAGAACAGUUGUGCCUAUAAGGUGGGUGUGGCCUUAGGCCAGCUGCCCCGCAAGGGUUCUGGCAGUGACUCUCGUCUGGGCUACAAUGCCUUCUCCUGGGUCUUCUCCCGCUACGACCGGGAGUUCCGUUUCUCACACGAUGGGCAGCAUGAGCCCCUGGCACUGCUGCGCUGCCCAGCUCAGCUGGGGGUGCUGCUGGACUUGCAGGCACAGGAGCUGCUAUUCUACGAGGCAGGCUCGGGCACGGUGCUCCACACCCACCAUGCGUCCUUCCCUGGGCCCCUCUUCCCAGUCUUUGCUGUGGCUGACCAGACCAUUUCCAUCGUCCGCUGA